GACACGAGAGGCACCAAGUUGACCAACGAUCACGAUGACACUUUUCCACUUUGGAAAUUGUGUGGCACUAGCUUAUGUGCCUUAUGCAAUUGUUUACAAAUGUUCAGGACUGGCAGAGUACAGUGCCUUUUGGAAAUGCGUACAAGCUGGAGCAGCGUAUCUUUUUACACAGCUCUGUAAAAUGCUGGUAUUGGCCACUUUUUUCCCAUCCACAGAAUUUUCUCCAGAGGGAGUAGAUAUCCUGGGGGAAUUUUUGAAGUGUACUGUAGACUUGGCCGAUCUGGUAGGCAUUCAUCUGGUGAUGACGAGGAUUGCAGGAAAGGGACAGUUAAAGUUCAUGGUGGCCGGGUUAGGCUGGGCUACAGCUGAGCUACUUAUGACAAGAUUCAUCCCACUCUGGGUUGGUGCAAGAGGUGUAGAAUUUGACUGGAAGUACAUUCAAAUGUGCUUUGAAUCUAACAUUAAUUUGGUGCACCACAUAACGACAGCCAUGCUGGUCUGGUUACGCAGUAGAAAUGAUCUUCAGAAGUCGUUUAUACCAGUUGUCAUGACGUUACUGGCCCUUAGCUGUUAUAGACCUCUCAUUGUGGAGAUUCUGAUUCAUGCAUUAGGUCUAGGAUCCUGGACGCUCCUCACCGCUAAAGCUCUGUUUACAACCACUGUCAGUGUAGUAGGGCUACAGAUCUUCCUGGGACUCUCUGUACAGACUUCUAACAACCACUACUGAAUCUCUACGAUCCUCAAUGUACAAUGUCUGAAGGAAAUGUGUGAAAGAGAAAGUCUGUUACAACUGUAUAGAUGGAUAUGUGUAUUUAUGUAACCAUGUUGAUAAAAGAGAACAAUUAUUGUGCAAUAUGCAUGGUGUACAUGUAUUUGAUUUUA